AUGUUCGGGUGGGAUGGGAAAUCUGAAUUGGGCACGUUAAAUUCCCAACCAGACCGCAAAAAAGCGAAAGAGUGGGAGGAGAAACGCUCGUGUAGGCAGGUGACAAUUGCAGGCAUCAGUGGAACUAUAAACGGAAAUAUAUAUGGUGGAGAUUUCACUGGAUCAACCGAAAUACAGGACAUUAAUAAAGUCUCAAAACGAACAAUAGAUGAUUAUUUCGAUUCUGUUACUCCGCCUUCCCAAAUUCGCACAAGCGAAUAUUAUCAUUCAUAUAAACGUCAACGUAGACCGAGACAGGAUUUGUAUAAACAGGACAUUAGGAUUAAGCCUUUUAACCCAUGGGGAUCGGAUAAUGAAGAAGAUAGCAAUAAUGACGAGCGAGAUAUUAGGAUUGAGCCUUCAAAUCCGUUGGGAUCGGAUAAUGAAGAAAAUAACAAUGAAGAAUUUGUUGAUAGUGAAAGCGAGGACGAUUCAUAUGAUGAAAUCAUUAAAAACCCCGAAACAAUCUCUUUUGAUGAGUAUGUGGGUGUAACUCAUAAUGAGACUGACUGGACGUUGAAAGAUGGCCGUAAGAUUAUUGAUGAACUUACAAAAAACACUGCCGAAUUAGUGAAAUCGAUCUCAGUUAAAAGCAAGAAAGAACGAACAGCAUGCAUCAUGAGUGUUAUUCGUUUGGGGUUUUCGUCAAUAAUAGAUUUGUCCUCAGAAUUUCAUAACGGAAUGUAUAACUGGUUCGGGAGUGAAUGGGAUGAUAUUCAAGAAAAAGUGUACAAUAAAGUCAACAUGACCCCCAAUUUUUUUGAAGGCGAAACUAAAACGAUUGUUGAUACGGUUGAAGAAUACUUGUUUAAAAUAAGAACUAAGAAAAAUACUCCAAUAGUUCAACAAAUCGCAACCGUGUAUUUUCAUGUGAUCGACAAAUUCCUUGAUAAUCCAUACUUGUUUAUCGAGGAAACCGGAAAAUUAAAGAAUCUUAGUGAAAUGGAGUAUGUGAUAAAUAUUAUAGCACCGAUUCUGAACGACGUUUUCAAUGACGUCUUGGAUAUUUUGAAUCUCCGUUGGGGAGAAACCGUGUCUGCUGUUUCCGAGAGGCGACGGAAGAUUGACCUUAGAAUUGUUCACAAAUGUAGAGAGAUAGAGCUAAGUCAUACGGAGUGCGCAAAGGCUCCAACACGUGCCAAGGCUAUUCGUGACCGCUCAAAAUGUCUGAGAACAGAAAAAGGUGUUCUUGACAAAUUUCUGAAAGAAGACCUAUCGGAUGAGACAGUGAAAGAUUCGGCAAUCCUUGGAUUACAAUUUGCUGGCCUAGAGGGUCAGAUAAUUGGAGUUGACCUUCUUGACAAUGGCCUUUACUUUGGCCUUCAAGGACCUCACUUUAGAUUUCCUGCGCAACUAUCGAACAUUAAUUGCCUCCGAAACGCACUUGAAGCAUUAUAUUUCUUUAAAGAAAAUGUAGUUCGUAAGGCAAAUCUCUUUCCUGAUCCAAAAAAAUACAAUCAUGCUUAUAACAAGAUAUUUCGUAACAAUUUGGAAUCCAAAGUCAAAGCAAAGCAUUUUAAAACAAAGUUUAUUAGGCCAACCUAUUUCACUCCAAAGGGCCAAGGUCAAGCUUCUAUUUGA